CAAAGGACAGUCUGGCAGCUUAUAUAACUGAGGCAGCCGAAGCGUUCGUCACAUCAUCAGAACCUUGGGCAAACGUAAAAGCAUCAGGACAACUAGGAGUCAGCACCAGAAGACCACAGAAAGCUAUAGAUGAGCAGCAAGGUCGUCCACAACCUUUUUGAGUUCAAGGAGCGAGAUCUGGUUGCCAAGAUGAAAGGACAGCGGGAUGCACUCAAGUGCGUCCAUGACAAAGUGGCUUGCAUAACCAGACUCAUGGAGACGGAGAGGAACCCAAGAGAGCAGGAGAGCCGACGAGCCUUGCAGGGUGCAAUGAUGGACCAGGAACAGCUGCAGCAGGAAGUUCACAAGCUCCUGAGUGGGAAUGUUGAAGUCCAGAAAACAUUGGUGGAACGAGACCAGCUACAGCUGGAGAUCCAGAAGCAGCGCGAGAAAACCUAUAAAGAACUGACCGAAAGGGUCCUGCUUGAGAAGGUGCUUGAGGAAAACCAAAAGAUCCUUGCGCGUGAGAAGAACCUGAAGGAGGAGUAUAUCAAAAGAGAAAAGGAAAUAAGAGCCGAUAUUGAAAUGCUGAGGAACUACAGACACAAUGAGAUACUCAAAGAAGAGCUUCAACUGGAGAUUCAGAAACUGACAGAGCUUUUGGAACAAGAGAGAGACAAUUACCUGAAGGAAAAUACUCACCGACUACAGCUGGAGAGGGACUUUGAGAAGAUCCAAGAGGAGCUCCGGGGCCAGAAGAACCUCAACCAGGAGUUCAUCCUCAAAGAGAACGAAACCAGGACAGAGCUGGAGAACUUGAGGAAGAACAGUAGCACACAAGCGCAGAGAAUGGCCUUCAGGGUGAGAGAGACCAACGUAGAGGACCAGAAACUUCUACUGAAGGAGAUGGAGGUGUUAGCACCUGCGUACUUGGACAGAGACAAGUUCUUAAUGGAGCAGAAGGCUCUGAGAGAAAACUAUGCCUGUCUGAAGGAGGAGCUGGAGACAAUGACAGCGUCGUAUCAUGAGGUCACUUGUAAGUGUGAGGAGAUGGAGAAACGGGCUAAAGCCUUAGAGCAGAGGCUCAAGAUGGAGGUCAAGAUGAAUGAAGAGAAUGUGAAAAACGACCUUGCUCUGAUCAAGACCAUACGUGCUGAUCAGGAGUCUUUCUGGCGGAAGAUGGAGGAAGAGAUGGAGGCUGUCCAUGUGGAGGCUGCCAUGAGGGAAGAGUCCCUACGUGAGGAGGUGGAGGAACUCAAAGCUCAGCUCCAGGAAAAAGAAGAGAUGCAGGAACCACCAAUCACUCACUUUGAGGUGAACUUUCAUGUAGAGUUCCUUCCACGCACCCCAGAGAUCCUGGAGGAAGAUGUGGAGUGCAAGCCACAGUUGGUUAAAGUCCAGAUGACCAAAAAGAACAAUUACCCCUCACUGAAGAGCGAGGAAAAGAACAUCUCUCCAGAUCCAGAUGACCCUUUGGCUCAUCUUCCUGUUGCAACGCUUACAUCCAACGACAUGCAGAUGAGAGAGGAACUACAGCACGUGAAUCAGAACCUCAGAAUGGAUCAUGAAGGGAUGUCAGAUGAGCUCUUGACUGGUCCAAAAGAGUCCAUACGUGGUGAAGCAAACCAACCCAAGUCAGAAGAGCAAGAGUCAGAGGAGGAACUUGCUGUCCAACAGGUCCCUUCCUCCUGGGAUGUGGUGGAAGAACGCAUAGUUGGACAACAGAAACAACCUGGAGAACUCCAGGAGAAUGUUGAAGAAGCCACAUGUGGUCAGGACAAUUUGAGGUUGAGAGAGGACUCAGAGGAGAAAAUGGCUCAACAACUGAGUCUGGACUCUGAAGAACUAGACUUUGUGAUUUUAGAAGAUAACAUAGCAGAUGAAGAAGUCCUUCUCUUGGAAGAGAGUUCGACAGUUCAGCUGCAAGAGCCUGAGAUUUAUGCAGGUCAACAGGCUGAAGAUGUCUUGCGGUUGGACAUAGUGGAAGUCCAAGGGGAGAAUCCGGUGUCAGGAAAGGUGUCAGAAGAGACAGUGGCUGCUCAAGGAGACAACUCUUUAAGAGAGGAGGUGGAACUGAAUCAUCAACCUGAAGAGUCUGCGGAGGUUAAGCAGGAGAGUUCAGGAGGGGAUGUCUCGACUCAUCACUUUCUUUUAUUAGCGAUAGAAGCAAACGAAGACUCUAAACACAUCCCAGAGAAGACAGUUUCAUGUCCAGAUAAUCAGACAAAUUUGGACUUGGACAAACAACAAAAACAAGCAGUCACAGAGUUUCAGCAGGAGAUUCUAGAAGAACAAGUGACUUCUCCGAAAAAUGUUCCUGUGAGUGUGCCGAAGGAGCCAGAAGUACAGGCACAUGAGCAGGAGCAGCAAGAACCAGAGCUGGAGACUGGAGAAGGGGUGUGGACUGACCAAAAAGACCUCCAGUUGAGCAAUGAAGCACCAGUCGUGAAAGCAUCUGAGGAACAUUUGAUUCUCCAGAAUCUGGUUUCAAAGGAGGAACUUCCAAGUCAUGAAAACAUACUCCUGAGGUUGGACAUUGAGGAACCUGGGGUUCAAAAAGACACGCAGAAGUCUGAGCUCUCAGGGGAGCCAACAACCCAUCCAGAAGAUGCAUCCCUGAGGCAUGAGCCUGUAGAACACUCUGUCAACAACAUCUCACUAAUAACAUCACAUUGUGAAGCGCAAAAUCGCCAACAAUAUCAAAAGACAAAUGAACUCAAGCACAAGAUUCCGGAGGAGAUCCUGUCUGACCUGGAUGAUCUUCUCUUGAGGGAGAAUGUCGAUGACCUGAAGGACCAAGACGAGCAGGAGGAACUUCUUUAUAAGAGUUUAGAUGAGAAAGAGCACAAUCAGACAGUUCUUUCUUUGGAAGAGGAAAAGUUGGUUGUCUAUCUUCAGAUGCAAGAUAUUGGCGCACCUCAGACAAUCGAUUCAGAGAGAGCAGAGGCUGGACAAGGUGAUGUCAGAGAGGAGGUGGAACAUCAGCUGGUUGAGCCGCAGAAGUACCAUACCAAUGACUUAUGUGACAAACCUUCAGACAAGGUGGUGAUUGAUGAAGAAAUUAUAGUGAAGGAAGCCAAGGACCAGAUGAGUUUACCUCUGGACGGUCACCUGGAGAGGGUGCAGAUCUCAGAAGAGAUGCUACCUGAGCAAGCGGAUAUUAUGUUCACUGAGAAUGUGAAGGUUCCACCCCACUCUGACAUACCUGAGGAACAUCAACAAAGUCUGGUGCAGAUGUUUGGAGAUCGAGAACAACCAAACCUGAAAAUCCAACCAGGGUCAGAGGAACUUCUGGAGGCAAUGCUCCCUGACGAGGAUUCAGUGGUCUGCUCAGACGAUCUCAGCAUUCAGAGCAUUCAGACAGGAAGCGCUGAUUCAAAUCCUCAACCCCAGAAGCCUCAAACCUUCUUGAAGAAAGCUCACCAGUACUUGAAACUAAAGACACCUGGAAAAAACAGCAAACUGAAGAACAUCUCAACAGAAUAUGCAUCCUCGCCUUCGGCGUCACCUCAGCGCUCUCUCAGUGAAAGCAAAAAACUUCUUCGGGGAGAAGUCAAGAUUCCCGGAGACAUGAACCCUGAGCUGAGCAGUGCUCAGGCCGAUAAGACAGAAGCUGCGGAGGAAGACCUCUCCAAUGACGAAACCUCCGUGCAAGAGGCAGAGGAACUGAUGGGAGAACUUCAGGAUACUGAGCCUCAGCGGGAAAUGCCGACAUCCAAGAAGGUUUGGAAGAAAACCUGCCAGUUCCUGAAUCUGAAGACUCUGGGGAAGAAGAGACGUUCUGCAGAUCGUUCCCCAACCCGUUCCUGCGCUCUGACCAACAACUCCUCAUCCACUGAAAAUAUCACAAGGGAGAAGGAGAACAGAAGAAACCUGGACGCGGAGCAAGAGCCUGCAGAGUGUCAGCUGGACAAUGUGACAGCUGAAGAAGCUGCUCAGGAUCCAGAGUGUGACCAAUUCAAGCAGACUGCGGAAGCCUGCUGUUUCUCUGAUCCACAUGCUCAGAUGUUCUUGGAGAAGGAUCUCCAUCAGCUGGAAAUGACCCAGCAGAAAAGCUGCCCCCUACCCGCCUCCAUGUCCCUUGACAACCAAAAGACAUACGAAAUAGAGGUGAAGAUCAACAAAGAGGAUGUUCAACCUGACCUGAGGCUAAGUUGUGAGCUGGAGGAGGAAGGUCAAGAUGGCUGGUCUGGAGGUGUGGAGGGGGAGCGGGUGAUCGAUCCUGUGCAGGAGGACUCAGAGGAGCUGCAGAACCUGUCGAUACAGCUCAAUUUCCCCGAUCCUCAUGAUCAAGAACUUUUAGAUGAAUUUGCCAAGAAUCGGCAGAAGGUCCUGAAUCUCCAGAUGGUUUGCAAAGGUCCUUUGAACAUCCUGCACACCAAGGCGUUCAUCUCCCUGUGUCAGUCACCGUGUGCCCCCUCACUCGCUCCCUCCCCAAACAUGUGACUUGCUGCAGUCCUGGUUCACAAAAAAGAUAAGGAACGAUGUCAAGUUCAAAUGCACUCAUAUGAUGUUAGAAAAUUUCCUGCUGUGUCACAGAAGAAUGUGGGGACAUUCUUCUGUGACACAGCAGGAAAUUUUCUUUGAGGUCCUCUCCUCGCUUCUCUGCUUAAAAAAGACACUGAAGAACAGCCAUUACCCACUUUUGUCUGGAUGCUGCCCCCUCGGCGCUUGCCCUGAUUCUCAUUCCUCUGGUGUGGCUGUCAGACGGUUUAGCUGGUUCCAUCAUCAGGUGGCGGUCUGAGGUUCGCAGCGCAGAUAGUUGGAUCAGUUCAGGAGCACAUGAAGAAGUUUUUCUCAAUCAUCUGACCGGUCAGGUGACAAGAUUGACAGCAGCAAAUGUAACUCACAACAGAUGCUUCGUUGAUGUUGAAAGUUCUACCAUCAGUGGAACUCAUCCUGACUCUCCCGCAAACAUGAGAGGAGCUUCAACAAUGACUGUGUUGCCAGUAGAUGUCCAGCAGGUGUCAUCUUGAGGUAAACAAUAAUAAAGCAGU